AUGUCGUUUUUCUUUGGACGCCGCCAUUCCAUCUCAUCCGCCACUCUGAGUCAGGGCGAUAACCUUCCCAGAAGUGAGAGGGGGAGGAGAGCCUCAUUACCCAAUGUGUCCGAUCCGAACAAUACCGGCUCCCACGCUAAAGGUGUGAUCCACGACAUAUUCCACAAGCAUCGAGGGGACUCGGAAACAGGCUCUUCAACUGGGACAAAGACGCCUAAAUCGACUGAUACAGCCCGAUCCAAUUCCACAAAGCCGGAUACCCACUCCCAGGACGAGCAACCUGGUUCCCACCACCAUUCGGAGCAGGCUGCCAAACCUCGUCAAUCACACCAUUACGAGGGUCCAUCUUCACAUAACCAGCUGACGAAAAAGGACAUCGAAACGAUAUUUUCGGGAGCUCCAUACUUCCUGCUGGAGAAGGGAAAGCAUGGGCUCUUUUACCCACAGAUAAUAUUCCCUUUUGAUGAUCACGAUCCCACCAUUCAAAGUCUCGGGGAUAGACGGCCGCUUCCUCAUGCCUCCUACACCCUGUGUACUCUUCAUGCUCAUUUGCCAGUACCGGACGACUGGGUGAUUGAAGGGGAAACGCCGGUUCAUCUGGGGCAUUGGAAACGAUCGGAAGCUCCGAAGCGGGCGACUUUUGAUGUUGGAGUUCACGAAGUACCCAAUAUGCUGUCAGUCAAUGGCAAAGACGCUGGUACGAUCGGUUUCCGUCACUUCCUCGAACUGCCCGUCGCCGACUCGGUCUUAUACGCGGGGCCCGUGAAACCACGACCAUGCUCUGACCUCCUUCACAUCUCAUCGCUACCAGCAACCGAGGCGUAUGAAUUGAUGGGGCACUAUAACGACCCGUAUGCCCAGUGCGCGGAUGGUACCAUCCAUGACCGGAAGAAGUUGCUCUGCGAAGGACCGGUAGCUUGGAAGAGGAUCGGUGUCCGCGAUGUCGACUUGCGAGCCCUAGUGGAGCGUCUCCAGACCCUGAAGACCCUCCGCUACGACAUUCUGCACGGGGAGGCCCCAAAGACGAUUCUAGACACAGAAAGCACUCGAGAGCUGUACAGUGGACUGUUCAAUCGGUUUCUGUACCCACCGGUGCGGUUUCUGCUUGCGGAUGCCGGCGAUCCUCAUAGUUUGAAGGCUCAAAUCAAAGCUCUGACAGUGGUUUUGGCUACCCCUGGGGCGUGGUUUGACUUCAGUCUGAUCGAUUGGCGAUUGCAUCUUGGACAAGUACUGUUUGAGAAUCCCCCACACAGCGACGGCGACUUCCUUGAUCCGGACAAGUCUGACAAACCCUGGGUGCAUUUCACACUGGAACGCAAGUGGCUUCUCGUCCAGAUGCUGCUCGCUGCGGAGCUACUAAUGCGUUUGGAUGCCACUGUUCGAGUAGGAAUGCUGCAGAAUGCGCGGGAUAUCGAUGUCUCGGUGCAUGAUGUGUACGAGUUUGACCGGCUACGUAGUGGUAAGCUGAAUUGGGACCUGGUUACAGUUCGACGAUUUCUAGACAGCUUUCGCUUUGCCUACAACCCUGUGGAGCCGGACAACCCUUCUCCGACCAUACCUGCACCGAGCAAGUCGCCUGAGCGGCAUCAUCAUCGUGGAUUCCUCGAAGCCUUCACACACCACUCGACAUCAUCCGCCCAUAAUGAUGAAUCCGCCUGGCGGUGUCACCUAACUCCCAGCCAUGUUGACCAGCAACUAAAAGGAUUGUUCGUUUUUGCAGACAACAUUGGCUGGCCAGGACUGGAUACAUUCAAGAGUGCACUGCGAUCCAAACUUGAGGGUGAUGGUGUGGAAAAGAAAAUCGAAGCCGCCUACACCAUACCUCUUACCAAUGCGCUACCUGCGGAGUAUUCCACUACGGACUUGACAAAAGAGAUCUAUAGCAGAUCUCCAUCGCGCCGGUUGCUCCUCCUUCAUUCUCCUCACAGCAUACGUCCCCUGAACAUUGGAGGUUGGAUCACGCGUAGCUGGCUCGCGGGGUUGGUAAUCCCUGGCGAGUCCAUCAGCCACCUUCUCAUGGCAACCAUCCUAGAAAAUGACGAAGAGGCUAUGGCUACACUUGGUCCAGUCGCGAACGUUUAUGGUGGUUUCACGUACAAGGGAAAGACCUGGUGGAGUAAGAAGUGCAUUGUCGGACGAGUAUUGGCAAGCCAACCGGGUACUAAGGUCUGUUUGGCGUGGCUGGCAAGCUCUAUAUUGCCCAAAGACUCGGAGAGUGGAGAGCGAUUGGUCAACACAUGGUUUGAGGUGGAUGUCCGCGAGCCGCCCCGGCGUCCAGGCAAGCCACGCAUCAAACACGGAAACAGGCUGUCCUUUGACUCUACGCCGCUUGGCUUGGGAGAGCUUACGAGUGGAGUAUUCUUGCUGCCUGUCGAUGGCCCCUCCGAUAGCUGGUCGAAAGCAAACAUUAACUUCCAGGACCUCACCUUCUCCCUCGAUGCGAAACGAACAGACAACAACCUAACCGUAGUUAAAAAGGCCUUUGCCAGUUUCCUUCUCGCUUCCACUGCUACCGGGCCAACCCCAGUGUCGUUUGAAUUGGCCUACAAUGUACGAUUUAUUUCUUCCCACGAGUGCCGUCCACCCGGGGGGUCGGUCAACUAUCAGAAUCACCCAAGCGCCCCGGAUGGCGGGUCAUCAUCUUCGUCAUCAAGCCAUGUCUCCCAUAGACACCACCGUUUGCCGGGCCACCCGUUGCACCGAUCGUACGCGUACAAGUGGGUUCCUCUAGAAUCCCUUUCGGAGACAUCUCACUCGGAUAGCCACAGCAGCGGACUAGUUAAGGAAGAGAUCCUCCUUCUUGACGCGCGGGGCUCGCACGACAAGGAAACAUUUGCACGAGCAUGGUGUGCGUCUGUUGGACAUCAUGCCGUCAUUGGCAAGGUUGGACGGACCUGUCUGGCAUGUUGCAUUCGAGAAGCCCGAGCGUUACAGGUGAAGGUGGUGAUUCGCAUUGGGGACGGGAUGUCGACGCCCUCUUCGUCGAUCCAAGUAUUGUAUGGUGGAGAGUAG